UUUCCUACCUCUAUAUUUUUUCUCAUCACUCUUCUCUGUCAUGGCUUUGAUUACUGAUAUUUUUUCAAGAAACAACCAUGCAAUGGAAAGAAAAACUAGCUGGUUGGUCCUCUUUCUUCUCUCAACACUACUCUUGGUGGGUGAAAUCCAUGGAAGCAGAAAGCAAGAACAAGCUCUCAACAAUGUUCUAAGCAAGGCCAAGUUCAGAGGAGUUUCCACUGAUAAUAGCAACAUGACAAACUUCGAGGUAGAUAAGGCUGUGUUUGGUGAGGAUGAAAAGGCUCGUUACCUUUAUCCUCAAGAAGGAUUGAAAGAGAAAGAUAGAAUCGAGAGACUCCCAGGACAACCUGAAGAUGUGAACGUCUCUCAGUAUGGAGGCUAUGUCACUGUGGACAAGGUUGCAGGACGAGCUUUAUAUUAUUAUUUUGUGGAAGCUCAAGAAUCUGAUAGGCACAAAUUGCCUCUUCUUCUUUGGCUCAAUGGAGGGCCCGGAUGUUCCUCUCUAGGGUAUGGAGCAAUGCAGGAGAUUGGGCCCUUUCGAGUGAACAGUGACGGCAAAACGCUUUACACAAACAAAUACUCUUGGAGCCUUGCUGCAAACAUUCUAUUUUUGGAAUCACCAGCAGGAGUGGGAUUUUCAUAUUCAAAUAAGACAUCAGAUUAUGACAAUAAUGGGGACAGAAAAACUGCUUUAGAAAACUACAUAUUCCUAAGGAAUUGGUUGAAGAGAUUUUCUGAGUACAAUUCCUCUGAGUUUUACAUUGCUGGAGAGAGCUAUGCGGGCCAUUAUGUUCCUCAGCUUGCUGACACCAUUCUUCACCACAACAACCACCCCAAUUCCUCCUCCUUCAUCAACCUUAAAGGCAUCUUGAUAGGAAAUGCAGCAAUAAAUGAUGAGACAGACAGUAGAGGAUUAUGGGAUUUUCUUGCGAGUCAUGCCAUAAUAUCAGACAAAGCAGCCUUAGAUGUACAGUUGUGCGAUUUCUCAAACGUUGCCACAAAUCUUAGCAAUGAGUGCCAAGAAACAUUGGAGGAAAUCGAAACCAACAUUAUAGCCAUCGAUCUAUACAACAUCUAUGCUCCUCUAUGCCACAAUUACAACCUCACUUCCCUUCCUAAGCCACAAACUGAAGUGAUAGACCCAUGUAAUGAAGUGUAUGUGAAAGCUUAUUUGAACAUGGCUGACGUACAAGAGGCACUACAUGCCAAUGUCACAAAACUCACACAUGACUGGUCACCCUGUGGUGGUCCUAUCACCAAAUGGCUUGAUAGCCCUGACACUGUGCUUCCCCUCUUACAUCACUUACUCAAUCAUGAUGUUCGAGUUUGGAUCUUUAGUGGGGACGUGGAUGGAAGAGUUCCGGUAAUUUCGACCGAGUAUUCCAUUGAAUUGUUGAAUCUCACUGCUAUGACUUCUUGGCAUCCUUGGUUUGUUGAUAGAGAGGUGGGAGGAUACACACAAAUUUACAAGAAAAACUUCACUUUUGCAACAGUGAGAGAAGCAGGGCAUAAGGUCCCAAGCUACCAGCCAGCAAGGGCCCUUUCUUUGAUCACUCAUUUCUUACAAGGCAUUCCUCUUCCAACAUAUAAGCAACACAUAUUUUGAUCCAUUAGAUAUAUCAUAUAGGGGCCAUAUGGAUCAGGCCAGGCAUCAUCCUUGUCCAUUAACUUAGUACCUAAAUUUUUAGGUCUAGAUUAAUCCCACACGAAAAGGUUUUUAAAUAAAACAUAACACCCCUUUUUAUUGUAAUUUGGUUUCUCUUUUUAUUCUCUCUUAUCUUAGAUCACACAGCUAUGGAAUGACUGUGUAAUAAGUAGAAGAGGAUAACUUUUUAUUUAUGAGCCUUUAAUUUUGUGCUUAUAUCAAGUACUCAAAUAAAUAGACUGCAUUGA